AAUAAAAAUAUUUGUAUGUUUUUACAUUAUUUUGUUAUAAUUCAUAAAGAUCACUAUGAAACCGAAGAAAUUUAAUACUGUGUCAGAAUUCAAGAGAAUUUCAGCUAAUUCUGUGAAGUCACGGGACAGAUCUCGGAAAAGUGAAAAUCCUACUCCAAGACAGUUUGAUCAAUUUCUUCCGUGGCUUUGUCAGCAAAUGCACAUUUGUCCACAUGUGGCAGUUGAAAGAAUUACGAAAGAAAAAAAUAUAUCUAUUCGAAAUAGAGGGUAUCAGUUAUCGAGAUCAAAAUCAAUAUUUAGCACAAUUCAAUCUGCGUUGGAUUUUACUAAAAUUCCAAACCAUUCUUUAUCUUUAACUACAUCAUAUUCCGAUGGUUAUAAUGAAAAUACAAUUGUUAUAAAAUCAUAUUACAACAAUUUCAAUCAAUUAAUUGAAUUGGCAAUAGUAGACUGCCCUCUAUCAAUAAAUAGAAAAGUUAUACAAGCAAUCAGUCUUUGUUUGCCUUUUCACUCUUAUCUUAAGAAAUUUAAAAUAAAUGGAAACGGGCUAACAGAAUCAGUGCUUUACGAAAUCGGAAAGCUUCUACCUCAUUCUAAUAUAACAGAUAUUUGUUUAGAUGACACUUACCUUCCAGAAGGUAAUUAUUAUGUUUUACUAGAUAAACUGAAUAACUUGCAAAACCUAUCUCUAUGCAAAUGUAAAAUUAACGAUGAUGUAUGCAAGAAGAUAGCUGAAAAAUUGCAUAACGAAAUGCCAGCUUCCAACACCCUAAUGACUUUAGACUUCACUUCAAAUAAUAUUACAAACUCGGGUGCUAGACACUUAGGAUUGAUGUUGAGACAAAAUAGAACUCUGCUUUAUUUAGGCUUAGCAGAUAAUUUAUUGGAUGACGUUGGAGCUUCACAUAUUUUAAAACCCUUAAUGAUAUUUUCUCUUACGGAAGGUGAGUUGUAUGAAUUAAGAAAACGGAAAUUUAGAUACGCAGCAAAAAAGUUGGAAAUAUGUAAGGAGCAUGAGAAGCAAUUAAUUGCUCAAAUGAAUUCUGAGGAGGAUAAAGAAAAUAAUCAACCUGUAAUAUGUCGAAAAUCUAUUGGGCGGAGCAAACAUUUGUAUAUAGAGCCGAACUCUGUAAAUGUGAAGGAGCUAGCUGCAAAAAAUAUUAUGGACACCUUUGGUAAAUUUGAAGACGUCUUCGAUGAGGAUAAUGUUGUCUAUAGAAAUGGGCAUUUAUAUUCCCUGGGCAACCUCAAACUGUGCUAUUUAAAUCUAGCUUAUAAUCAUUUAAGUUACUUUUCCCUGAAGAAACUCUGCGAGGUUCUCAAGUACCAAACCAAUAUAAAGCAAGCUGAUUGCAGGGGAUUGUUGAGAGUGGUUGUAAACGGCAACAACAUUCCUACACACUGCGAGCUGCUGAACACUAUAGAAUCAUAUCUAGUGAACGCGGUCGCGAACUACGCUACACAGGCAAGAAGUCGGAGUCGUAUAAAUAUGAGUAAAUAUUGUGUCCGAAAGUAGGUACUAUUAUAGAAUUUUUAAGAAAAGUAUUGUGAAUACGUGACGCUUUAUUUAAAAUUAGUAGAAAUUCCUAUUUAUUGGGAAUAAAAGGAUAUAAUACAUUUUAUUUCAGAUAACUCCUGUUAAGAAACGGAGUUUGUAAAAAGGUUUUUAGGUUACUAAUAGAAUUAGUAGUUCUGUGGAAAGAAAAUGUUUAUUUGUUAUCAACUUAGUCGAUGAAGUAAGGGCGUGUAUGCACAUGCAUGCAACGGAAUCUUUUUACAAAUAGGUAAAAUAUUUCUUGGUUAUAAGAAAACCGUAUAAUAUUUAUAGAAUCUUUAUAUAGUUUUAUAAGAAGCAAUAGUAAACUCCCAAAGAAGAAAAUCUAUUGUAAGCGAUGAUAAUACUUUUCAUGGGUAAACUUCUUGUUGUAAUCAUCCCAUAAUAAUAUUAUGAGAGAGCAAUUUCUCUUUAAUUAGUGUGAAGCAUUUUUUUCUAAGUUGUUUAAGUUCCUAACAAGUGAUGUAUUUUUGUUUGUACUCCAGUUUUUUCUUGCAAAAAAUGCAUAAUAAGUUAAAUCUUAAUUUUGUAAUACCUGACAUAAGAAAUUGAUUAUUGUUUUGGCUUUAAGAUUUAUAUGUUGUUAGGAUUAUAAGUAAAGCGUUAUUAAUGUUUGUGUUAGCAAGGAAUAAGGAAAAAUGUAAUGCUAUUUUUAUUUAUAAAUUAAAACAAUUGUUAUUUUUAACGAUGUAAUUAUUUUAUUUUCAAAAUAAUUUAUUUUCAUCUCAAUUUUCGGUUUCACUUCUAUGAGUAAUAUUAAGAAGCCUAACGCUUUUUGAACGUAAGUAAC